AUGGCUGAGGGCAAACCUCCAUGGACAGAGCAAAUCCAUCUGCCCAGAGUAAACUCCAAGGUCGGGGCUCACAGCCUCUCUCACUGGCUCGUGGGGCGCUGCGUGCAGAGGCCUCACACCUGGCACCUGACGUCAGAGUUCCUCUUGCAAAAUGGCUGCCCCGACACCUCACCUGGGCGGGCCGUGUGCAGAGACCGUGCCCACCACCCCGCAAUCCGGAUUGGGGGCGGCGGACCGUUUGCAGAAGCGCUGUGCCCGGCACUGCCGUCUAGAGCCCGGAUCUGCACACCCGGGCCUGCCUCGCGAGAACCGCGCCCCCCCCACGAGAUUCCCGUGCAGCAGCCUGUCCGCGCACCAGGACCCACGCCUGUCCGCAAGAGCGCGUGCUCCCAGCAGGAGCCUGCCUCUCUCCAAUCUGCGAUGAAAGAAAACAUUUUUACCCUUUGCUUCUCAACUCAACUCUGUCUCGUUCCGCUGCCUCAAAGAACACGGGACAGGAGGACCCUCGUUGGAGAGCAACUCGAAAGGUUAGGUGACAUUAAUCAUCAGUCCUCAGAAUCAAACCAGUCUGGGGUCUUUGUGCUUUUCAGCAAGUAA